AUGAAAUACUUGAAAUGGCCCUCGUUUGGAUGAACAUGCAUGUCCCUCCUCGAUGCACCUCAUCAUCUGCUCCUCUCCGCGCGUGCCUCCCACCCUCCUCUCUCUCUCUCCCUCCUCGUCCUUUUUAAGCCCUCCGUCGCAUUUUGCUGACCAUCUCAACUUUCCGCUCACCACUCUACCCUCUGCCAUAGAUUCGACCUCCUUCCUUCCCCUUCCUUUCCAUCUCUAACGUAUUUUUCCAUUUCUGCACACCUUCCCACUUUCCUCGCUCCUGAUCAUAUCUCCACUGCUUUGAUUGGCCCACUUUUGUUUGCUGAAUUCCAGGCCACUCCCCAUGAACUCUGCGCACCUGUUUUCCCUCCUCACGCUGUUCAAACCACCUCAUCAAUUUAGCCUCUUCUGCAUACCCUAUCCCUGAAUUUUCCUCUCCCUUCGCCUCACUAUGUCCUCUGGCCCCUCCCUCCACAAUCGCAACGAGAUCAGGAAGCGAGCUCGUUCCUCUUCCUCCUCCUCUUCUUUGGUCCCACGCAAAUACCGAUUCAAGCGAGCCUUUUUGGUUGCCAAGAAAGGAGGUUCCAAUACCCCCGUACCCAUGUGGAAGACUCGCACGGCGUCCUCCCCUUCUACCGCCCCCCAUCACCUUGCUAAAUUCCCCAGCCCCUUGCCUCCUCCUUCUGGCUUCACUAGCGAAGAUAACGACGUCUCUGUCUCAGCGAGGAAGCUCGCUGCUGCAUUGUGGGAAAUCAACGAUGUAUCUUCAUCGAAGAUCGACAGGGAUCUGAAGACUGAACAAGUGAGGAGACGCAAGGGGGCGAGAAGCAGAGAGAAAGUCACGAGCUUAUCGAGAUCGGACUUCUUGCGGUCUCAUGUGUCAGAUCCAUUGGACAGUCCUAAGUCAGAGCAGAUGAACGGGAUUCAAGGUGAAAAAUUGAAAAAAAGAGUGUCUAAUAAACUCCGGCUGGGGGAUCACGACUCCGGAGGGUUCGAUUUUCUUAGCAGUCCUGGUUUCAUGGAGGCAGCGAAUCAGCAAAGAAACAAGACUUGUGGAAAAUGCACAGCAGGAGUGAAGAACCGUUUGAAGGAGGCCAGAAGUGGCCUAUCUACAUCUAAGAAGCUUCUGAAGGUUUUAAAUCAAAUGUGCCUUCAAGAGCAGCAUUCGUCAAGCAUACCCGUCAUUCUGGCCCUGGGAAGUGAACUUGAUCGGGCUUGCAACCAGAUUGACCACUUCAUUCAAGAACAGAGCUCAAAUCAGAAUGAUACUGAGUUCCUCAUGAAGCGUUUUGCAGAAGAAAAGGCUGCUUGGAAAAGAAGAGAACGUGAAAAGGUUAGAGAUGCGAUAACACACAUUGCAGAGGAGCUUGAGGUGGAGAAGAAGCUAAGAAGGCAAACUGAAAGGUUGAACAAAAAGAUUGCCAAAGAAAUGGCUAAUGCAAAAGCUUCACACUUAAAAGCAUCGAAAGAGCUAGAAAGGGAGAAACGGGCAAAGGAGAUUCUGGAGCAAAUUUGUGAUGAACUAGCUAAAGGUAUCGAAGAAGACAGAGCACAGGUCGAAGAACUGAAAAGGGAGUCAGCUAAAGUUCGGGAAGAAGUGGAAAAGGAGAGGGAAAUGUUUCAGUUGGCUGAUGAUUUGCGCGAGAAGAGAGUUCAAAUGAAACUUUCAGAGGCUAAAUAUCAAUUUGAGGAGAAAAAUGCUGUCCUCGAAAAGUUGAGAAAUGAGCUUGAGGCCUUUUGGAGUACUAAGGUUGACGAAGGAAAAGGUGAUAUUUCUCCAGAGUUCAAACAAAUAAAGGAACUUGAAUCUGAUUUGAACAAAACCUGUUGGGGAUAUCAAGCUGCUUGGAAAGAGGACGAUUUGAAUGUUGGGAAUGGAGUGGAGCACGAAGGAGAUGACUCUGCUGACAGCGAUCUCCAUUCCAUUGAAUUAAACAUGGACAAUGACAAUAGAAGCUACAAAUGGAGUUAUACUUAUGAAAAUGAUGCUCAAGACGAUUCAGGAAGAGUUUCAAUGGACAAAGAAAGUAUAGGGAGGAAAUCUUUCUCCGAGAAAAUUCAGUGGACAAGUAUUUGUUUCAACAAGGGAAAUGGCGGUUCUACUAAGAGGGAUUUCGGUAUAGAAAUCAAGGAAAUUUCUGAUGAGCUUGAUCAGGAAAUAUCCAGUGGGUUGCCUUCACGAGCUCAUCCCCGAGACGACAAGGAUAAAAUUGAGAGCUACAGGUCUAUCAUGGGUUUCCGAGACAGCACAUCAUGUGCUAAUCCUGAUCAGAGAUGUGGCCAACCACUCUUUCUGCAGGAUACAGUUGGCGAAUCUGAGGAUAAUUCUGUCGUCGUAGAGAGAGGAGAUUUGAUUCAAGAAGCUGCGGGAAGAAAGUUCGGACGGUAAGAGAUGACAGUUAGCACAAUACCUAGCUCUCACUAUUGUUGUUCCAAAUUGUUAACUCGUGCUGUUGAAUAUGUUUAAGGGUCACAAUCACUGGCGCAAUAGUUUGCAUCAAGAAAAUGUAUAUAGUAAUUAAAUUAAAUAAAUAGAAUAGCAUACAACAGUUUUGCUUCUGGUUAAUCGUUUCUCGUUUAAAGAUUCUGCAAGGAGAAGAGCAACUUUUGUGAAUCCAGGGUAGCGAGACUUGAGGGUAAAAGUGGCAUGGACAGGAUUUUUUAUGGUUUGAGAAGAAAAUAAUGGAGAGUUGUUGGGUGCCAGAGCUGAAAAUAAGAGCAACUAUAGUACUGCUAAACGAGAUUCCGGCUGUAUGGCUGAGAUUUAAAUGAAAGAGUCAGUAGUUUCUGGCCGCGACA